AUGCCUGUUACUUUGGAAAAAGUGCACAAGCAGAUCUCCAAGAAGCGCGAUACCCUCAAUGCGCUUCAUGAGAACAGUCGCGAUGCCCACCGACUUCGCAAAGCUGGUGCUCGCGACGAUCGAUUGUCCCGCCAUAACGCCACGGUGAACCGUGCAAGACAGCCCUACAUGGACCGCAUUCAUUAUAUUCACGAGGCCAUCCAAGAGACCACUGAGGCACUCACCAUUGAAGAACUCACUGAGUUCGUCGCCAAGUAUAUCAACCGUGAUACCGAGGAGAUCAAGCAGCUUGAAUCAGAGCGGCGCAAGGGCCGUCCCCCCAGCAAGCGCGAGGAGGCUUUGAAACAACGGGUUCAAACUGAAGAUCGUGAAUUCUCAACCGGACUGUGGAUGCCCGAUCUGACCGAUCAAUAUGCAUUGACUGCAAUGAAGGUCUGGAACCGACACUGGUCAGGGCUCAGCGCCAUCAAGUUCAUUCGGUUCAGGAAGGAUGGAGAGAAACUUUCUUCUACUUUCCCUCCCAAGAGCAUGUCAUGA